CAACAAGAAUGAACCGCACCUCACCCCCCCUCUCUCUCUCGUCUCUGAAUCGUUUUCUUUGUUCUUCGGGAUCUUCUGAAAGUUAGGGUUUUCCUGCGCUCAAAGUUUUGGUAAUUCUGCUAUUUUGUGUUAGUGAAAGCAUCAAGGUUUUGUUAGAUCUCAACUGAAACUUCUCUUUGGGAAGAAACCUGCGUGAAGGACGGAGCUGAAAAGACGAUUUCCUUGUUAUUUAUAUCUGAAUAUAUGUAAUAAUUUGGAUAUAGGAUAUUUAUUCUUUUAUAUGCUUCAGUUGAGUUCUGGAACAAUCUAUGAUCUUUGUUUUCCCGUUUGUACUUGAGGUUGGUUCAUAGGGUUUGGAAAGAAUCCUCUGCGGAGGAGUGCAUGAGGGAUUUGGUUUGUUUUCUAUGUUAAAUCAAGAUUUGGAAGAGAGGAAGGCGAGAUUCUGGGCUUGUUAUCAAGAAAGAGGGUAGGUGGGGGAAAUGUGGUUGAUUUCUACGGCGAUUGGCACCUGGUUUUUGUGAAUACCUGUUUGACUGUUUCUGAACAGAAAAGGGAGCUGAAACGGGUUUUCAAUUUUGUUUUUUUUGGACGGCUGGGUUUUGAGAUUGUGAAAGAUGCAGCAAGAGCAGAGAAAGAAGAAUACAGCAGAGAUGGACUUUUUUACAGAAUAUGGUGAUGCCAAUAGAUAUAAAAUUCAGGAAGUUGUAGGGAAAGGAAGUUAUGGCCUCGUCUGCUCUGCCAUUGACGUCAAUACUGGAGAGAAAGUGGCAAUAAAGAAAAUACAUGAUAUAUUUGAGCACAUAUCAGAUGCUGCACGAAUCCUGCGUGAGAUCAAGCUGCUUAGGCUUCUUCGGCAUCCCGACAUUGUUGAAAUAAAGCAUAUUAUGUUGCCACCUUCAAGGAGGGACUUCAAAGAUAUUUAUGUUGUUUUUGAGCUCAUGGAGUCAGAUCUUCACCAAGUCAUCAAAGCUAAUGAUGAUUUGACAAGAGAGCAUUAUCAAUUUUUUCUUUAUCAGUUGUUGCGAGCAUUGAAGUAUAUUCACACAGCAAAUGUUUAUCAUCGAGAUUUGAAACCAAAGAAUAUAUUGGCUAAUGCAAAUUGCAAACUCAAAAUUUGUGACUUCGGGUUGGCAAGAGUUGCCUUCAAUGAUACUCCUACAACAAUAUUUUGGACGGACUAUGUGGCUACAAGAUGGUAUAGAGCACCAGAGCUGUGUGGCUCUUUUUUCUCCAAGUAUACACCUGCAAUUGAUAUUUGGAGCAUAGGCUGCAUCUUUGCUGAGGUAUUAACAGGAAAACCUCUGUUUCCUGGUAAAAAUGUGGUUCAUCAGUUGGAUUUGAUGACCGAUCUGCUUGGGACACCCACUUUAGAAACCGUCUCACGGAUCCGUAAUGAAAAAGCUAGGAGAUACUUGACCAGCAUGAGGAAGAAACAGCCCAUGCCAUUUUCUCAGAAGUUCCCAAAUGCAGAUCCUCAGGCACUUAAGCUAUUGGAAAGACUGUUAGCAUUUGAUCCAAAGGAUCGGCCAACUGCUGAAGAGGCACUUGCUGAUCCUUACUUCAAAGGCCUAGCAAAAGUGGAGAGGGAACCCUCUUGUCAGCCAAUAACAAAGCUAGAGUUUGAGUUUGAGCGGCGGAGGGUGACGAAGGACGACAUAAGGGAACUAAUCUUCCGGGAAAUAUUAGAAUACCAUCCCCAACUGCUGAAAGACUACAUGAAUGGAACAGAAAGGACAAGUUUUCUCUAUCCUAGUGCUGUUGAUCAAUUCAGAAAGCAGUUUGCACAUCUCGAGGAAAAUGGUGGUAAAAGUGGGCCAGUGAUUCCACUUGAAAGGAAGCAUGUUUCUCUCCCAAGAUCAACAGUUGUCCACUCAAAUACAGUACCUCCCAAGGAACAACAAAAUUUGGGUACAUACAGAGAUAGGGAAAACUCUGAGGAAGCGUGCAGUAAGAACUCAAGAGAUACAAAUGGAAUCAGUCAUAUUCCAAGGACUUUGCAGGCACCACAUCGGAUUCCAAUGGCCAAACCUGGGAAAGUUGUUGGACCAGUCAUGUCUUGUGAGAAUGGAAGCGACAUGAAAAAUGGCUAUGACUCAAAAAUGUUGAUAAGGAAUGCUGUGCUUCCUCAGGGUAUCCCUCCACCAUACUGUUACCGCAGGCCUAGCAUGAAGCAUGAAAGAUCAGUAGCGGAGGGUGAAAGGGACUUGUCACAAACCAAACCACCACCACCCCCACAAUGUGGCAUGCUGGCUAAAUUAGUCCCAGAAAUUUCCAUAGACAUGAACUCCUCUCCAUUUUAUCUAACGCGGGCAGGAGUGAUGAAGGCAGACCAAGUAGAUGAUCGAAUUGCCAUCGAUACAAACCUGCUGCAAGCUAAAUCGCAGUUUGGUGGGAUUGGUGCUGCAGCUGCCGCUGCAGUUACUCACAGAAAUGUGGGAACUGUUCAGUAUGGCAUGACAAGAAUGUACUAAAGAAAAGGACAUGGUGUGGUUUGAUGGGUACUUUCAGGGAAGAAAUGGACAGAUGUAAUGUAUGUGGGAGAGAUUACAAGGGGAUGAAGAGGCAGAAGGGGGUGGGUGGGGGGAGGGGGGGGGCGCGCUGGUGGAGAGGUUGUUGCCUCAGAGGAGGCAAGGCAAGAUGUCUUUGUUUCAUAGUUAUCUGUUAGGGAGGGAUAGAGAAUCAGUAGAGGAAAUAUACAUUCCAUCAUUUGAAAGGGCUAAAAAGAAUAGGAGAAAGGAAAGAAAGGAGAGAAAUUGUAACUUCGGUCCUCUCCAUUUAUUGUCACCAUGUACUUGUGCCAUCCCUAUGGGUUCUUGUAGAUAUUGAUGAGACAGAUAUGUGGAUGAUGAACUUGUGAAACUAAAUGACACGACCCCCUCUUAACUUCAA